GCGUGGGGACCGCGGCCAGGGCCGGGACCUCGGGCGGUGACAGUGACACAGUAGUGACUGGCGUGAAGCCGCAGGAGCUAGCCUGGUGCGGACACCGAGGCUCUCAGGUUAUUCCGGGCUGUCCCCCGGCCCCUCCCGCCUGGCGGGCAGUGUUGCCCGGUGGUUAAGAGCACCCCCGCCGGCGAGGUCUCCGGGACCAGAAUCUGCAGCCGAGCAGCCAUGGCCUAUCACAGCUUCCUGGUGGAGCCCAUCAGCUGCCAUGCCUGGAACAAGGACCGCACCCAGAUCGCCAUCUGCCCCAACAACCACGAGGUGCACAUCUAUGAGAAGAGUGGGAACAAGUGGGUCCAGGUGCACGAGCUCAAGGAGCACAACGGGCAGGUGACAGGCAUCGACUGGGCCCCCGAGAGUAACCGCAUCGUGACCUGCGGCACAGACCGCAAUGCCUACGUGUGGACGCUGAAAGGCCGCACGUGGAAGCCCACGCUCGUCAUCCUGCGCAUCAACCGCGCCGCUCGCUGUGUGCGCUGGGCUCCCCAGGAGAACAAGUUUGCUGUGGGCAGUGGCUCCCGUGUCAUCUCCAUCUGCUAUUUUGAGCAGGAAAACGACUGGUGGGUUUGCAAGCACAUCAAGAAGCCCAUUCGAUCCACCAUCCUCAGCCUGGACUGGCAUCCCAACAACGUGCUCCUGGCCGCCGGCUCCUGCGACUUCAAGUGCCGGAUCUUCUCAGCCUACAUCAAGGAGGUGGAGGAGCGGCCAGCACCCACCCCGUGGGGCUCCAAGAUGCCCUUCGGGGAGCUGAUGUUUGAGUCCAGCAGCAGCUGCGGCUGGGUGCACGGGGUCUGCUUUUCCGCCAGCGGCAGCCGUGUGGCCUGGGUCAGCCAUGACAGCACCGUGUGCCUGGCUGAUGCCGACAAGAAGAUGGCCGUCGCGACUCUGGCCUCUGAAACGCUGCCGUUGCUGGCCCUGACCUUCAUCACAGAAAACAGUCUGGUGGCAGCGGGCCACGACUGCUUCCCAGUGCUGUUCACUUACGACGGCGCCGUGGGGACGCUGAGCUUCGGUGGGCGGCUGGACGUGCCCAAGCAAAGCUCGCAGCGUGGCUUGACAGCCCGCGAGCGCUUCCAGAACCUCGACAAGAAGGCGAGCUCGGAGGGCAGUGCGGCAGCGAGCGGGGGCCUGGACUCGCUGCACAAGAACAGUGUCAGCCAGAUCUCGGUGCUCAGUGGGGGGAAGGCCAAGUGCUCGCAGUUCUGCACUACAGGCAUGGACGGCGGCAUGAGCAUCUGGGACGUGAAGAGCUUGGAGUCAGCCUUGAAGGAUCUCAAGAUCAAAUGACCUGUGAGGAGUCUGUUGCCCUCAUCCCAGCUGCUGAGGGAAGGGGGUCAGGGAGACGAAGGAUCGCUUUGCUGAAUGUUUCUAGGGUACCAGUUCGGGUCCCCACAGGCUGCUCCCUCAGGUGGGGAGGGGAGGGGAGGGGAGGGGCGGGAGGCUUACCUACUGAAGGAACAAUUGCCUUUUUCUUAAAGAAAUGCUUCCAUUUAUUGUAAAAAAUGUCCCCAAAGCACUCUGCUGGUCAUGAACUGCUUCAAAAUGUGGAGGUAAUAAAAAUGCAACUGUAGACA